UCUACGCCACUGGCCCGCGUACUUGCCUACAGGCCACCGGCGCCUCCGCCGCCUGCACCUGCCAACUGGACAGUGAGCACAUACAGCAUACAGCUACACCCAACCUGGCCUUGCUCUCCUCCAGCCAAACAAUAACAUCACUCAUUCCCACUCUCACUCCCGCGCCCAAUUAUUAUUCCCUCCAUCCAAGCUUCUAAUCCCUCACACACGCACACGCACACCACCUCAACCAUUACUACCCUCCCUAAUACUCUGUUCCCUCUCCAUCUCAUCUUCCUCAUCUCUUCCUCUCCCUCCUUCCCUCCCACUCUCACCCACUCUCUUUCAAUCACACCCACACCCUCAAUUGACCAACCGAUCGCGGUCCUUCACUCUCGAGACCGAGCGAGUCUCGUUUCCCCACCCCUGCUGGCUGGACUGACCUCAUCGGGACCUCCGCCCGCUUCGCCGAAAUGGCUACUCAAGCCAGCGCAAACGAACUCAAACAACAGGGCGCAAUAGAAGCUGCUAGGGACCCAAACUCCUCCGUCACAGCCGAAGAUGCAGAACAGAAGGUCCUCCAAGAGGCACGGAAAGGCGGCAGCGCAGCUUACGAAUUCGACCCAGACGCUUCCCCGGAAGAGAAGCGCGCGCAAGCCAGAGCCGACAUCCCCAAGGACUUCCACCACAAGAGGAACCCCAACGCCGUAGCAUUGGCUACCGACGCCGACGGCUCUAUCGGCACAAAGUAUGACCUUCCUUCGCCCUCAACCGCCGGCGCCAUAACAACACCACUGUCCCCCACCUCUCCCACCUCUGCAAAGGCAAACGGCCAACUACCUGAACUCGACGAGGAUGCUCGCUGGGCACGCGUCGGCUGGGCCCCACGAUUCGGUAUGCCUGGCUCCGAAGACAACGAUGACGACGAUGGCACCUUGCUCGACCAUCAGACCUGGCUCGAGGGAAAGCUGGAGGACAAGUUCUUUGGAGACUGGUAUCACAAUACUGGCGUCAUCAUAUUCGCGUGUCUGAGCUCGUGGGUCGUCGCGGUGCUGGGAGGAGGCCUGGGUUGGGUCUUCUGCCUCAUGGCAGUCUGCGGUACCUACUAUAGGACCUCGCUCCGCCGCGUCCGCCGGAACGUGAAGGAUGAUAUCAAUCGCGAGAUGGCAAAGAACAAGCUAGAGACCGACCACGAGAGUCUCGAGUGGAUCAACAGCUUCCUGGUCAAGUUCUGGCCCAUCUACGCUCCGGUCCUCUGCGACACCAUCGUUUCGUCCGUCGACCAAGUCUUGUCCACCUCGACCCCGGCGUUCCUCGACAGCUUGAGGAUGAAGCAAUUCGUCCUCGGCACCAAACCCCCGCGUUUGGAGCACGUAAAGACAUACCCAAAGGCGGAUGACGACAUCGUGCUCAUGGACUGGAAAUUUAGCUUCACACCCAACGACCAUGCCGAUCUGACCUCCCGGCAGAUCAAGAACAAGAUCAAUCCCAAGGUCGUGCUCGAGAUCCGUGUUGGAAAGGGCCUCGUCAGCAAGGGUUUGGACGUCAUCGUAGAAGACAUGGCCUUCUCCGGCCUCAUGCGACUAAAGUUCAAACUCCAGCUCCCAUUCCCCCACAUUGAGAAGGUGGAGAUGUCCUUCUUGGAGCGACCCACCAUCGACUAUGUCUGCAAACCGCUCGGCGGCGAGACUUUCGGAUUCGAUAUCAACUUUAUUCCUGGCCUAGAGAGCUUCAUCAUGGAACAGAUCCACGCCAAUCUCGCUCCCAUGAUGUACGAUCCGAACGUAUUCCCCAUCGAAAUCGCCAAGAUGCUGGCAGGCAAUCCCGUCGACCAAGCCAUUGGUGUUGUGCAGAUUACUUUCCACGGUGCGCAAGGGCUUAAGAACCCAGACAAGUUUUCUGGAACACCGGAUCCCUAUGCUGUUGUCUCUAUCAACAACCGUACUGAGCUUGGUCGAACAAAGACUGUGCACGAAAAUGCGGACCCCCGCUGGAACGAGACGAUGAACAUCAUUGUGACGUCUCUGAAGGAUCAAUUGACCAUCAACAUAUUUGACUUCAACGACUACCGCAAGGACAAGGAUCUCGGUACCGCAACUUUCUCCCUGGAGCAGUUUGAGACUGAUGAUGAGCAUGAAAAUCUCCACCUUGAGGUGCUGGCUGGUGGCCGCCCUCGUGGUAUUUUGCAGUGCGAUAUCCGUUUCUUCCCCGUUCUCGAAGGCGAGAAACUCGAGGAUGGAACGCAAGAACCUCCACCCGAGUCCAGGACUGGAAUCGCCAAGUUCACGAUCGAACAGGCCAAGGACUUGGAUGGCACGAAGAGCAUGAUCGGACAACUGAGUCCUUACGCCAUUCUUUUGCUCAACGGUCAUGAGGUGCAUACCUCCAGGGCGAUGAAGCGUACAAAUCAACCCAUCUGGCCAGAUGCGUCCAAGGAACUCCUCAUCACUGACCGUAAGAAGGCCAAGCUGGGCCUUGUCCUCAAAGAUGACCGAGACCUCGCUGCCGAUCCUAUCGUGGGAACCUACCAGAUCACGCUCGAUGAUCUGCUCGAUCUUACAAACAAGGGCCAGGAGUGGUUCAAUCUUGCUGGUGCUAAGACUGGACGUGCUAAGAUGAAGCUACAGUGGAAGCCCGUGGCUCUCAAGGGUGCUCUCGCCGGCUCUGGUGGCUACCUUACUCCCAUUGGUGUUAUCCGAUUGCAUUUCCAGAACGCACGUGACCUACGCAAUGUCGAGACCCUGAGCAAAUCGGAUCCCUAUGUACGCGUGCUACUCUCCGGCGUCCAAAAGGGACGAACUGUCACCUUCAAGAACAAUCUCAACCCCGAUUUUGACGAGGUGGUGUAUGUACCGGUCCACUCGAUCCGCGAGAAAUUGACCCUCGAGGUGAUGGACGAGGAAAACCUCGGCAAGGACCGUUCCCUCGGCCACACAGAGAUCUCGGCGGCCGACUACAUCCGUCAGAAUGAAGAUGACGAGUAUCUGGUCAACGAAAACAAACAGACCAUCUCCAGGGGCUUGAAGAUGGGCACCGCCUCGCAGACCAAGGGAACCUUGAACUUCACCUGCUCAUUCUACCCCACGGUGCCAACUUGGGAUCCUGAUGAGGAUGACGAGGAUGAGCUCAGUGCGGGAGGGCUAUCUAGGCAGAGUUCUCUCAAGACCUCCGGCUCGGCGUCCGUGAAUGGUGCAAAUGGUACACAAUCAAAGGGUCACAAGAAAACCGUAUCUGGAGUCUCUCGAUCGGACACGGUUGGGACCUUCUCAUCCCUCAAGUCUACGCAAACGUCCAAGCAAGAAAGUGAGGUAGACCUUGCCAAGCAACUGGCCAGGAAUGAGGGUGACCAGGACGAGGCGGCGGUCUACCAGAAGAAAGCGAUCGAGAAACUCCGCCUCACUCCUGAAGACCUGUCACAACACGAAACCGGUCUCAUCGUAUUCAAGCUGAUCGAGGGCGAAUUCGCGGAGACUGGAGGUCACAUUGGCGUCGUUAUGGACGACAUUCCAUUCCCCGCAUACUCGAGCUCAAAGAUCAAGAGUAAGAAGAUGACGUUCAAUGAGGUGGGCGAUGCUAUGGUUCGAGAGCUAGACUUUUCGAAGAUCACUAUCCGUCUGAUUGAGCACAUCGACAAGAAGGGUGAGGGUGAUGAAGAUGAGAUCAUCGCAAAACUGACUGGCAACACACUUGACACACUGCGCAAAUGCUUGUACACGCCUACAACGCUCAUCCUCAAGGAUAGCCAGGGCCGCGAGAACAAGGUCACAGUAUCGCUCAAAUACCUCCCCAUCAAAAUGCAACUCGAUCCAAGCGAAUCAUUCAACAACCAGGGCACGCUUCGGGUGGAGGUCAUGGAUGCUGCCGACCUACCCGCUGCCGACCGUAACGGCUUCUCCGAUCCUUACAGCAAAUUCUACCUUAACGACAAGGAUGUUUACAAGACAAAGACACAGAAGAAGACGCUUCACCCUUGCUGGAACGAAUACUUCGAGAUUCCCAUUCGUAGUAGAACGGCAGCUCACUUCUAUGUCAAGGUCUACGACUGGGACUUUGGCGAUAAAGCCGAUUUCCUCGGGAAAGCCGAUAUUAACCUCGAAAUUCUUGAGCCUUUCGUGCAACAAGAAGUCACCCUUGCCCUUGACGGCAAGUCUGGUGCGAUACGGCUUCGGAUGUUGUUCAAGCCAGACUACGUCGUGCGCGCUCGCCAGGGAUCAAGUACGUUCUCGGGUACAUUCGCUGCUCCCGGAAAGGUGAUUGGUGCCCCCGUAAAGGGCGUUGGCAAGGGAGCUGCUUUCGUUGGCGGUAAUGUUGCCCGUGGGGCUUCGUUCCUGGGCCGAGGCUUCCGUAGGAGGAAGAGCAGAGGUGCCGAAGAUGUCGACGACGAGGCCAUCUCUGCCAAUGGCAGUGCAGAGGGCGAGCCGCCUGCGAUUUCGGUAGAGCAAGCUGAAGGGUCGGCGAAGUCGAACCACAACCGCCACAAGUCAUGGGGUGCCCAAUCCUUUGCUAGCAAAUUCGGCGAUAGCAGUACGGCUGGAGGCGCCGAGCAUGGUGUUGCUAACAUUACGAUCGCAUCCGCCUCUGGGUUUCCUGCUGGCACCGACCUUCGCGUCCAUGUUCGUCUCGACUCCGGCCCCAAAGGUCCAAAGGAAGUGCACAAGACGAAGCACAUCAAGGCGCCGUCUGGUAGCGUGACCUACUCCGAGGAGUCCUUCAAGGUCCCAUGCACGGCCGAUGCCGCUUUCCGCCUCAUUGUGAAAGAUCAUUCGACUUUUGGAAGUGACGAAGAGCUGGGCGAAGCUCCAUUCUUCGUCGACGACCAAGGCUCUGGAAGCGAGAAGAGCGUGAAGGUUGGACCGGGUGAGGUUAUCGUGAAGAGCUCCUUCGCACCAAACGAGGUCAGUAGCGCACGGCCAAGCUAUUCGCGGGACGGUGCUCCUCAAGAACCGAAAAGCCCCGGGUUGAGGAAGGGCUUGCUGUCUCGAGGAAGAGAUAGCAGAAGCGUCACUCCCGCCUAGAAGGCUUGUUUUCGAGGUCAUCGUGACGGACUUAUUCCGAACGGCGAUAAGAGAGCCACGACAUGAGGUAUUCGGCAAUGACGAUGUCCUCCUUCCACAUUUUUCACAUCUUUCUUUUGUGUACUGUAUGCAUUUCAAAGGAGUUUUUACCUUGGUCUUCUGGCGUAGUCACUAUGGGUAUCCAG